AUGCUGCGAUGGUUUCUAUCGCGUACAUGCUUCCAGACAAGUAGUAGUGGUGUAUCUGGUGUGCGAGGGAAUCCACGCUCGAUCAAGAUGGGUCUCGACAGAAAAUUUAUGAAUGUAAUCGUUUUAGGGUUCGGGUUCAUGUUUGUUUUUACGGCAUUCCAGACCAUGGGCAACAUAGAGGAAAUUUAUUUGUAUACAUUAAAUUCCAAGGAAAAACGCAUAUAGAUAGUGAAACUCGUUUGCUUGUCUUCAUUGUUUUGAUUGUGUUGGCUGGUGUGGGAAUUGUCUUCCUGUUGAUACUACGACCUGCUCAAAAUUAUGAUGGAGAGUUGGCAAAAAAUGAUACAAAUGGUCCUGUCAGAGCUCUUGUAAAGGCUUUUAAACUGCUAUUUACCAAACAGAUGUUACUUCUCAGCCUUACGUUUUUCUACACAGGUGUAGAGCUGUCGUUUUUCAGUGGAGUAUAUGGGCCCAGCAUUGGUUUUACCCAACAAAUGGGAGAGAGUGCCAAACAAUUGGUUGGUCUGUCUGGAAUCUUUGUAGGUGUUGGAGAAGUUUUAGGUGGUGCAAUGUUUGGAAUUUUGGGCCAGAGAACAACCCGAUGGGGGAGAGACCCCAUUGUAAUUGCUGGUUUUCUGAUUCAUAUACUUUCGUUUUUCCUUAUUUUUCUGAAUUUACCAAAUUCUGCACCUUUUCACGACACAAAGGAUGCUGCCUUCAUAACUAGCAAUCCAUAUUUAGCCAUGUUCUGCAGUUUUUUGUUGGGAUAUGGAGACAGCUGUUACAAUACCCAGAUAUAUUCUGUGCUAGGAAGUGUUUGGUCUGAAGAUAGUGCCCCAGCAUUCGCAUUGUUCAAAUUCACUCAGUCUUUGGCUGCAGCUGCAUGUUUCUUCUACAGCAGUCAUCUUGGACUAUACGCUCAGCUUGGCAUUUUGGUUGUGUUAUCAAUUAUUGGAACAAUUAGUUUCUGUUUUGUAGAAUGGAAAGCAAAAGAGGCAAAUGCAAUGAAAGUUAAAACCUUGGCUUAUAAUAGUGACGGUGAAGAUCCCUGUUAUGUUGAAGGUGGGGAAGCAGGAAAAACGAAAGGAAUCUAGUCAUUCUAUACAUUCCAUUCUUAAGCAUUCCAUUUUGAGAGACAGACUUUUUUCAAUGAGAUGUAAAAUGAAGACUGAGUAUAAAUGGCAUGAUUUUUCAAAUGUGAAAGAUAAAUGCCAAUAUUACAUACAAAAAUAAUUGCAUUUCAAUAUAAAUAACAAAGUUACCAGAUUUGAAAUGUGAUUAAUCAUUACUGUUUUAUGUCUUUAUUUUCUGAUUCUCGAUAGAAAAGAACCUGUGCAAUAUAUUAGAGUAUUCAAAUUUUGAACUUAUUAAAAUAUUUAAUAUAAUUUCUUUUGUUGUAUAAUAAUAUUUGGUUUCAGAUUUUUAUCUAUGUUGCAUUCAAGAUAACUCAGUUUUUCAAUUUUUGAAAAUUGUUUUUAAUCAGUGCAUAGUUAUUUGAAAACAUUUGUGAUAUUAUAUUCUAUAUUCAUAUUCCUGAAAAAUCCUUCAGACAAAUCUGUAACUUAUCAACACAUUAUAUAGUUCUAAUGAUGUUGCAAUAUAAUAAAUAUACAUAGUUUUAGUUAAAUUAUAAUUGAUUACAGUGCAGCUAUCAUAUAUAGGCAUUUCAAAAUUCUUACAAUGUGUUGUUAUAGACAGUUAUUUUGUGGCUCAAUGUACCAAAAUUUGAUUACAUUAAUGAAUUCCAAUGUGAACAGAGCUGUUUACAACAGUAGUUUAUAUAUUUCUUGUUACUUGGUUUCUCUUACUUAACUGUUAAAACAGUUGCGUAGGCAGUUCUAAGUAUUUCUAUUUUUCUUUUAAUAUAAUUUAAUAUUUUGCUGAACAAAUGUCUAUUUCAUAGAGUGCCAUUUCUUUCCAUGUGGUUGCCUUCAGACAUGAGAUUAAUUUUAAUUGUUACAAAUCAAAAUCUGUUGAUAAUUCUUGUUCUCGAUAAACAUUGUUAUGUUAACUCGAUAAACUUGUUAAAUUGUGUUUGUUAAUAUAAUUUCUCCUUCUCAUUUAUCUAUUUUUCAUGUACAUACUACUUUUAUUUCUUCAAUUUAAUCUAUAAUAAUGUUUUGAUUUGCAAUUCUUGCCACUCUCAUUUCUAGUUUUGCUUCUUUUAAUUAAAUUUGGUACUAAAUUUUAGAAAAUGGAAAUAAAAACACUGGAAUGGUAUUUAUUUUCUGUCUUCUGUGGUUAAUAGUUAGACUAGACAACCAAUUUUUAAAAGUUGAAUAAUUUUGAAUUUUGUAAAUUUGUACAAUGAAAAUAAAAUAACUUUUGUUCAAUACUAGUGGGUUGUAUUGGUAAAUAUUAUAAAGCUUCAUCAACUUUCUCAUGGUAUGCUGGAAACUUACAAUAAACAUUCAGAAUCAAUAUUCUUAAGAAUCUAUAUUUUCAGAGAAAUAUUCUUUGUAUAAUAAAUGUUAUGUUGUGCUUAAAAACUUGGAAACAAAAUUAUUUAGAUGGACUGAAAAUUUUAAAAUAAAUAUGUGCAACCACAUUCUGAGAAGGUGGUGGGAAUAAGUAAGUGAAAUGAUUUGAUUUGUACAUUGAAACAAAUUUUUUCCCAAUACGAAUUUUUAAGGGCAAUGCAUCAGAAAUACACAGAUCAUGUUCUUUCUCUUCUGUCUUUUAAUAAUAUUAUGGAGAUGAAGAUGGGAAUUGUAUUAUUUAGGCAAGUAGAAUUGUUUAUUAAUUUUUCUGUUUAGUGAACCCCCUCCACCUUUAUUUUGGACAGGGUUUGUUUUUAUUGUGAGUAAUGGCAAGGUUUGUUGUGAAAUAGAAAUUGCUUUUGUAAAGCAAUUGAAAUCUAAUUAUUAAAAGUUAUGUAAUAGUGCUGCUGUUCUUUUAAGAGAAGAAGAGUCUUGUAUGUAACACACAAUUUGGAAAAGCUUUAUUAAUACUAAUGUACAGUGAACAUUUAAACGAUUUUUAAAAUGGUUAUUUUGAAUUACUGUGCAAGUUAAGGUAAAUUUGCAGUCCAUUUGUGGAGUGUGGUAUUUUUUGUACGUAAGAGAAGAAAUAAAUUAAGAUAUUAUCUAUAAAAUAUUU